AUGCACUUCUAUUUCCAUACCUGUUGUUCUCCACCUGCAGGUGCAAAGGUGACGUCCACGGACCUGCCGGAUGUCCUGGGUAAUCUGAGACACAACGUGAACCGUAACACCAGAGGACUCUGCAGACACGAGCCGCUUGUGACCGAGCUCAGCUGGGGGCAACAGCUGGAGGAGCGAUUCCCGCGCAACACCUGCCACUACGACUACAUCAUGGCCGCAGACGUGGUGUACGCGCAUCCGUACCUGCAGCAGCUGAUGGAGACCUUCAUGCACCUGUGUUCAGACCACACCGUCAUCCUGUGGGCCAUGAGGUUCCGUCUGGAUCCGGAGAACAGCUUCGUGGACACAUUUAAGAAGCACUUUCACCUGGAGGAACUUUACAACCUGCCCAGCCUGCGGAUAAAGCUGUACCGCGCACAGAAACGACGCGUUUGACCUGAAGAACUGUAACUAAAAUAUAUUACAGGGUGGGUUAGGAUAAGAUAAUUAAUUAACCACGAUUCAUUUCGUGAUUCCAGAAGUUUCAAGAACUGCUGAUGUCUAAAAUAAAAACAACAGUUACUGAGGAGAAAAAUAAAUACAGUUUCAGUAUCUGCUCUGCAGUGAAUGGGUGCCGUCAGAAUGAGAGUCCAAACAGCUGAUAAAAACAUCACAA